CGGAAGUGCCUUCCCUCCUCCCGGGUCUGCGGACACGGUUUCCUUACCUCAUUUGUCCUCGCCCCUCCCCGUCCCUCUACGCGUUUUCGUUCCUGGUUGGUGCUUCCUGGUCGCAGCCGCGGCAGUGACAUCACAGGUACCAACCUUCCAUGAUGUUUGGUGGCUAUGAGACUAUAGAAGCAUAUGAAGAUGACCUUUAUCGUGAAGAGUCAUCUAGUGAACUGAGUGUUGAUAGUGAAGUGGAAUUUCAGCUCUACAGCCAAGUUCAUUAUGCCCAAGAUCUUAAUAAUGUCAUCAGGGAGGAAGAACAUGAAGAAAAGAACUCUAGGGAUUCUGAAUCAUCUAGUAGUAAGCCAAAUCAGAAGAACUUAAUUAUCCUUUCAGACAGUGAGGUCAUCCAGCUAUCUGAUGGGUCAGAGGUCAUCACUUUGUCUGAUGAAGAUAGUAUUUAUAGAUGUAGAAGAAAGAAUUUUAGAGUCCAAGCAAAAGAAAAGACCCGAGGUUCUCCUCCUUCUCUUCAUUCUAAUGAGUUGGAUGAUAAGAAAUUCAAGAGCGAUAUUGAGACCCCUAAAUCUGGAGAGCGAUCGGGUGCGGUCCGAGAGGUUAUGAUCAUAGAAGUCAGUUCAAGUGAAGAGGAAGAAAGCACCAUUUCAGAAAGUGACAACGUGGAAAGCUGGAUGCUGCUGGGAUGUGAAGUUGAUGAUAAAGAUGAUGAUAUCCUUCUCAAUCUUGUGGGAUGUGAUAACUCUGUUAAUGAAGGAGAAGAUGGUGUAAACUGGUUCAUCAGUGACAAAGACGUUGAGGCUCAGAUAUGUAAUAAUAGAUCCUCUGGAAGAUUGACCCACCGAUACUACACAGCAAACAAAAACGUUACCUGUAGAAAUUGUGACAAAUGUGGCCAUUUGUCAAAAAACUGCCCCUUUCCACAAAAAGUCCGCGCCUGCUGCCUAUGCUCCGAGAGAGGACACCUCCAGUAUGCCUGUCCAGCCCGCUUUUGCUUAGACUGUUUUUUGCCUAUGUCUUCUACUCACAGAUGUCUUGAAAGAUCUUCCUGGAGAAAACGAUGUGACCGCUGUGAUAUGAUAGGCCACUAUGCUGAUGCUUGCCCAGAAAUCUGGAGGCAGUAUCACCUAACGACUAAACCUGGACCACCCAAAAAGCCAAAGACCCCUGCUGGACAGUCGGCCUUGGUGUAUUGCUACAACUGUGGUCAGGAAGGCCAUUAUGGACACGAAUGUGCAGAGAGGCGGAUGUUCAACCAGACCUUUCCGACGUCUCCGUUCAUCUACUACUAUGAUGACAAAUACGAAAUUCGGGAGCGAGAACACAGAAUAAAACGGAAAGUAAAAGAACUCCAGAAACAUGGGAAUCUCCCAAGGCAGUUCAAGAGGCUGCAUGUGAAAGCAGCAAGUCAGAGGUCCCACCAUGACGUGAGGAAGGGCCAGGCCUCGUGGAGGAGCACCAGGUGGCCUCCAGUAAAGAAGGAGACCCCGAAAGAAAUGAGCAGAAACAACAGAGAGCGUGAAAAGCACAGGAAGACCGACAGGUGUCACGACGUGGAGGAGGACUUUCCCAGGGGCCCAAAAACACACUCUUCCCCUGGCGCUUUCAAAACCCAGAAGCCUCACAAGUCCUUGCACCACUCCCAUUGCCACAAGCCAAGAGAAGACAAGCUGCCCAAAGAGUCUAAGCGGGGCAAGCACAGGAAAAAGGAGGGCUGCCUGGAGGAGGAAGACAAUGAUAAUUUGUUUCUCAUUAAGCAGAGGAAAAAAAAGUCCAAACUGUGAGACAGUUUCUGAUUUGGUUUUCUGGCGUCUGUCUGCCCUUCAUGUCUGUAAUAUUCUGGCAGUAUUUUUAUCAUCCAAGAUUGAAUAAUGGGAGUUUGUUUUAUUUUGGUUUUGGGGGGGGGGUUUUUUUUUUUUGGUUUUUUGAUUUUGGGGGUAAUCUCAGCCAUACCUAGCUUUGCUGAACAAAAAGACCUUAGAGCUCUGUUCUCUGUGUCCAACAGGUUAUUAGGUAAAAAAACAGAAAGAUGAACCCAGGCUUCUUGCCCUGUUCCAGUUGGUCAUUUUCACUCAGAAUCUUACAGGUGGGAAAAAUUAAUCUUUUCAGGGGAACAUUAAAAAGUGCUUUGGACAAAUAAAAGCUCCACAAAUGUAAUUCAUCUGCAGUGUAUGUAAAUGAAAUCC